AUGGUGGUGGCAGAUCAACUGUGUUUAGACUUUCAGAAGAUGAAUCUUGAAGUUAUGCAAUAUGGAGAAGUAGAGAAAAUGUUUAGUGCAUUGACCCUGCAACCCUCGAUGUUUGAUCAAAUUAGGGAAGCUCAAUUAAAAGAUGAAAAGAUGAAAAAAAUAAAGGAAAAGGUGAGGGAGGGUCAUGCUGGAGACUUCGAAAUUCAUGAAGAUGGAAGUUUAAGAAUGGAAGGAAGGUGGUGUAUACCCGAAGCUUGUGAAGAUUUGAAAUUGAAAAUCAUGGAGGAAGGUCAUAAUUCUCCAUAUUCGAUGCACCCAGGGGUGAAGAGUGAACAUAAAAGACCCCAAGGAAAAGUCCAACCUUUAGAUGUGCCAGGAUGGAAGUGGGAUUCCAUUUCGAUGGAUUUCGUUGUUGCUUUACCUAAGGGUAAAUCUGGGAAUGAUACGAUAUGGGUAAUUGUCGAUAGGUUGACCAAGUCUGCAGUGUUCAUACCUAUGAAGGCAACAUGGUCGAUGGAUCAACUAGCUAAGGCCUAUAUCAAGCAUGUAUUGAGAAUACAUGGAGUACCGAAAGAUAUUGUGUCUGAUCGAGAUUCCAGAUUUUUGUCUAACUUCUGGCAGAAGCUACAGCAAGCCUUUGGUUCGAAGCUAUUAAUGAGUACUGCUUUUCACCCAGCCACUGAUGGUCAGACUGAAAGGACCAUACAAACCUUAGAAGAUAUGUUAAGAGCUUGUGUCAUGGAAUAUCAGGGUUCAUGGGAAGAUCAUCUCGAUUUGAUAGAGUUCUCCUACAAUAACAGUUAUCAUUCAAGUAUAGGCAUGGCACCAUUCGAGGCUUUAUAUGGUAGAAAUGUAGAAGCCCAUUAUGUUAAGAUGAUCCAAGGAAAGAUUAAGGCAGCCCAAGAUCGUCAGAAAAGUUACGCUGAUCUGAAGCGUAGGGAAGAAGAAUAUGAAUUCAAAUUGAUGAACUUGUCUUAUGAAGAAAGGCCUAUUAAGAUUUUAGACAGUAAGGUUAGAAGUACCCGGAAUAAGGAUGUUAAAAUUGUUAAGGUGCUCUGGUCUAAUCAGAAGUCUGAAGAAGCAACAUGGGAAGCAGAGGCUGACAUGCGAAAGAAAUAUCCAGAGUUGUUUGCAGAAGGUUAG